UGGCUCUCUCCACGCCCACCCCAACCCUUUGAGCUAGCUAGUUUGGAACUCAUCAGCAGCGCCACCUUCAGCUGUAUAAUCAGUCUCUCUCUGUUUCCAGUGUGGAGGGAGAUUUGAACAAGGCGGACAUUGACUCAGAACUCGUUUAAACUUUCAUCAGCUUCCUUCAAGCUACUUAAAAUGGUUGAUGCUACAGACAUUUUGAAAGAUUCCGAGUCCAAGGCUAUUGAACAGCUAUACCAGUAUGGAGAUAGACUUAGCGAGGCCAAGGACAAGUCUAAGCAUGUUGAGGACUACCAGAACAUAAUUAGUGCAGCUAAAAGCAAUAGUGUGAAGUCAAGGCAGUUAGCUGCUCAGCUUAUUCCGAGAUUUUUUAAGUUCUUUCCUGAGUUAUCGGAUUCUGCAGUUGAUUCCCAUUUGGAUUUAUGUGAAGCUGAGGAGUUAGGGAUAAGGGUGCAGGCGAUUCGUGGACUUCCGCUUUUCUGCAAGGAUACACCAGAGCAGAUAUCUAAGAUAGUAGAUAUUCUUGCUCAACUCCUUACUGCUGAAGAAAAUGUUGAGCGUGAUGCUGUCCACAAAGCCCUUUUAUCUUUACUGAGGCAAGAUGUGAAAGCUUCUUUGACAGCCCUUUUUAAGCACAUUGAGAGUGUUGAUGAAAGAGGGACUGAUGAAAACCUUCGAGAGAGGACUUUGAUUUUUAUCAGAGACAAGGUUUUUCCUCUAAAAGAUGAGCUCUUGAAGCCUCGUGAGCAAUUGGAAAGGCAUAUAACUAAUCUGAUAAAGAAAUCUCUUCAAGAUGUCACUGGAGCAGAAUUUAAGAUGUUUAUGGAUUUCCUGAAAAGUUUGAGUAUCUUUGGUGAAAAAGCGCCUCCUGAGUGUGUCCAAGAGCUCAUUGAGAUUAUUGAAGGUCAAGCUGAUCUAGAUGCACAAUUCAAUGUUUCUGAUGGAGAUCAUAUUGACAGAUUGCAAUCAUGCUUAUUCAUGGCUAUUCCCUUUUUCAUGCGUGGUGCAUCAAACAGCAAAUUUCUGUGCUAUUUGAACAAGCACAUCUUGCCUGUUUUUGACAAGCUUCCUGAAGAGCGCAAAGUUGAUUUGCUAAAGAACCUCACAGAGAGUUCACCUUAUUCGAUCUCACAAGAUACCCGUCAGAUCCUUCCCUCUGUUGUCCAACUCCUAAAGAAAUAUAUGCCUCUGAGAAAGUCUGCAGAGGAGAUGAACUUUACAUGUGUGGAAUGUUUGUUGUAUACCUUUCAUCAUUUAGCCAACAAAGUUCCCAACGCUACAAAUAGCUUAUGUGGUUAUAAGAUAGUAACCGGCCAACCCUCAGACAGACUUGGGGAGGAUUUCUCGGAGCAAUAUAAAGAAUUUACUGAGAGGUUAAACACUAUAGAAGACCUUACUAGAGCUACUAUAAAGAAGCUAACUCAGGAUUUGAACCAACACAACAAAGCAAUGGCUAGUGCUAAAUCUGAUGAAGCAAAGGCUACCAUUAAAACUCAGCAACAAAAUACCACAACAGGAUUGCGAACUUGCAAUAAUAUCUUAUUGAUGACACAGCCACUUCAUUCAAAAUCUCCUUCGUUUAUUGGGGAUAAGAAGAUAAACCUAUCUUGGAAAGAAGCUGCAAAAGGUCAAACACCUGCCAGUUCUAAAAGACCUCUUAAGCCUACAAACGACUCAAGUAAUGCUCCGAAAAAGGGUCGCGCUGGUUCUGCCUCAUAUGGAGGUGGAGGAGGCGGCGGCGGUGGUGGUGGUGGUGGAAGGGGCCGGGGUAGAGGUUGGGGUCGACGUGGAAGAGCAGGAAGGAGUAACUGGUAGUCAUCCAUCUCAAAAGUUUUUGGUGUCGGAUUUCUUUUAUUGCCACAUUACACUGUAGUAACUAAUAUUUCGCCGGAGAAGAUCAGCCGAGGAUAGAUGUAGAAUCCAUUUGUCGUCUUUAUUUUUAUUUUUUAUUUUGUUAUGAUUCAUUCUGUUCUCAUCCAACUAUUUUGACACUUUCA